CGGUAUCUUUAUUACGUAAUAUAUUUUCUUCUGUCACUAGAAAGGUAUGCGUUUCAGGAAAUUGCAGCUCAAUUGUAAACGCCUCAAUUUUUCUCUUAAAAUACCUGAGGAAUCCGAAACGCGAAAGGGCCAAAAAUGGUCUUCUCUAACACAUUGGGUACGUGAAGAAUGCCCAUCUCACCCGAACAAAUGCAGUUAUCGUUGAUCGCGUGAGCGAGAGUCGCAACCUUUCGCAACUCAGCAAUACAGUUCUUGUCACAAAAAUUCUCGCAACGUACCCAUGGGUUCCAUAAGUGGUAUUCAACAAACAUGUCUCAUAAGCCUAAUCCAGUGUUUUGAUGAGAUGCCUGAAUACACACGGGAUAACUGUGCACCUUUGGGAAAAGAAUUCUUCGACUCAAUGGACCGUGUUGACGAGGGAGCCUUGGCGAGGCUGAUAGUUGAAAUGCAGUUGAAUACGUUACAAGACCUGCCCGACCUGCGCACUUUGUUCUUCAGGAGAAGACAACAACAGAUGAACUACGUCGCAGCACAGUACGGUAGGAUUCCGGCAGCGUAUCGCGUUCAACAGCAAUAUUCUCCUGUCUCUCGAGCGAAAUCAUGGGCCAUGCAUGCCUAAUAUGUCAGAGUUGUUGUCAAGGAGAAAGCUGAAUACCACAAUUUGACCAUGGACAUAUUUGGUCUAGAAUGAAAUUGUUGUAAAUAGACCGAUUUAAGAGGAGUAUUUAUGUUUCAAAACACUGUGGCAACCAGUGAACGACUGCGGAACUGUUCUAUGCGAACUCUGCCAAUUUAAAUAUCUUACAGGGAAAACUGGAUAUUUUUCUCUCCGCAAAACAACUUGGAUAUGAGACUUCAGGUGCAAAGAACAUUUUCAAGCAAAUUGUUCAAAUCUUUAGCAUAAUAUUCAUGGACGAAACCGCAGAGGUGAACAAUGGUAAGAGUGUUCAAAUAUUCAAAUAUCGCCUACCCCAAAUGUGUGAAAAAUCCUGCUAUUGUGUCGAGUAAAAAUUGGCAGGCAAAGAUAUGCCACGUUGUGUAAAUAUAAUAUAAAAAGUACUUUUAAUUUAAGAAAACUACGAUAUUUUUGUAUAGUUCUAAGACGCCAUGAGAAAUUAACGAUGAAAGCACACUAGAGCAAAAUUAAUUUUUUUAGUUUGCGUGUGCGUGACAAAAGAAAAAAAUUUAUUGACUAAUGUGAAUUUGCCUAAGUAGACUUGUAAUAUUCGAACUGAAAUAAAAUAUUUGCAUAAAACUGA